AAUCCAACCCAUCCUUUAUUUCACCUUCCUCCCAAAGUUUUUUCUCAUUGUUCUCAAUAAAUAGAACAAGCCAGAGAGGAGAGACAACGUCAAGAUCCUUUUUUUCUCACUCUUUCCUCCAUCUCAUCUUUUCUUUUUAUCCUUGUUAACUGUUUUUUGUUAUUUUAGUGCCUUUUUUAUUAUUCAUACACUUUUUAUUUACUUGUAUUAUUUUAUUUCACAAAAGCGAUUCCCACACAGCCAUUCCUUUUUUGAAAUGGCCGUUUCAGAUGCAAUUCACACUCCACAGCUGGACGAAAACAUCGACUGGCCAACGCACGGACACUACGAGUACGCGCACCUAUACACUAGCCGCAAGGAAAUAACCACGUUCGACAAUAUCGCCAGUAUCCGCGCAUCCUACGACUACAUUGUCAUCGGCGCCGGGCCCAUCGGCGCAGCACUAGCAUACCGGCUGGCCCUCAACGAGCCGCAGAGCAGCAUACUGAUCAUUGAGAAAAACUGGAACGAGCCGGAUCGCAUCGUUGGCGAGCUCAUGCAGCCUGCCGGCUGCCAGGCAAUGUCCGCGCUGGGGCUUGGCAUGGCCUUCAGCGGCAUCGACGCGGUGCCCGUGCACGGCUACUAUAUCGCGUAUAAGGGCAAACAUAUGCACGUGCCGUAUAUUAACAAGCCUGGUGGCGGAGACCGCUUCCGCGGCGUGAGUUUCCACCAUGGCCGCCUGGUCAUGAAUAUCCGCGCCGCAUGCAAGGCACAGGCUAACAUCACGUGCCUCGAGGCAUCGGUCACUGCGCUGGACGCCGCUGGGUUCGGCAGUGGUGGCGAAAUAACGGAUGUACGCGGCGUGCGUAUCGGCCCAGCUCGCGACUCGGGCGACUCGGGCGACUCGGGCGACGAAAAGGGCGCCGCUGUGGCCGCGCGGCUGACAAUGGUGUGCGACGGCAUCACGUCGCAGUUCCGCAAGGUGCUCAACCCCGAGCCGGUUACUCUAAUCUCGCACUUUUGCGGUUUUGUCCUCGAGCAUGAGCCCAUCGCCUCCGCAGAGUUUUUCACGGGCGCAGCCGGUGCAACCACGCACUUUGCACAGCCACACAGUCCUGCGGCCAAUCCGCUGCCGAUGCCGCACAAUGGCCACGUGCUUUUGGACGGCAUUGGUCCGGUGCUUUUGUACCAAAUGUCUGAGCGCGAGACCCGCGUAUUGGCGGAUAUUCCCGGCGGUGCAUUGCCGUCGGAAGCCAGCGGGCAGCUGCGCUCGGUUCUGCGCGACUCGCUGAGCCGCGCGGCGCCCGCUGCGCUCUACCCAGGGCUGCACCGGCUGCUGAUGGACACGCUGGAGCAGGCAAAGCGCAUCCGCUGUAUUGGCAGCAAAUUCAUCCCGGCCACGGCCAACCACGUUGACGGCGCCGUGUGGAUCGGUGACGCCCUCAACGUGCGCCAUCCAUUGACCGGCGGCGGCAUGACCAUUGGACUCUGGGACGUCGUUCUGCUCACUGACCUUCUCCGCAAUUCGCCCAAGGACCCCGCCACCUUGCGCCGCAUCAAGGCCCAAUGGUACUGGCAGCGCCGCCCACGCGCCCUCGUCAUCAACACCCUCUCUGUCGCCCUCCAUGCGCUAUUUGCUGCUGAGACUAAGGAGCUCGGUCUCUUGCGCGAAGCCUGCUUCAUGUACCUCUCUUGGGGAUCCCACUACACCAUGCACCCGUCCGGCUUUUUGUCCGGAUUAAUGCCCAGCCCGAUUCUCCUGGUGUUUCACUUCUUUAGCGUCGCUAUUGUUGCUGUUUGGCUGCGUGUUUCGGGUGCGUCCAGUGCAUAUGCCGGAGGCAAUUUGCUUUUCCGCAUGUAUUCUGCACUGUACACGCUUUAUGUCGCGUCUGGCGUCAUUCUGCCGUUCAUGUGGAAGGAGAUGCAACCAUGAACUGAGAAGAAAAAAGAUUUAAUGACAUUUUCUGAUCGUUUAUUGGUGCCUUUUUUCAGUGGAAAAAGGAAAAAAUUUAUUUUGAUAUUUUCAUCCCCCCCCCCAACCCAACAAAAUUAAGCCAAGGCCAAAAAAGCCAUGGACACUCGAAACCAAUUUAUUUACUUUUCCUCUUUUCCAUUUUUAGUAGUUUUUAUGUUAAUUGCAUUUUAUAUAUCUUGUUUUUUAUUUUAUUAAAUUUCACACUAUUGCUU